AUGGGUGAAAUGGUACGAGAAGAGAUUUUGAAGAGGGUGAGGCAAGAUGGUGUAUUUUCAAUAAUUAUAGACACAACUACAGAUGUCUCAAACUUAGAGCAAUUGUCACUAGUCCUGCGUUUUAUUAAUGAAGAAGGUCAAACUGAAGAGAGGCUUACUGCUAUGAAAGUAGCUCAUGAUUCCACAGGAUUAGGAAUGUUCAAUGUUUUUUGUGAUAUUUGCAUUAAAUAUAAUAUAGAUUGGGAAACAAAACUAUGUGCUCAAUCUUAUGAUGGAGCUGCAUCAAUGCAGGGACAAUAUUCUGGUGUUCGAUCAUAUGUCCAAGAAAAAAAUCCAAAUGCUAUUUACGUUUGGUGUUUUGCACAUGUUCUAAACUUGGUUGUUGUUGAUACAUGUGAUAAAUGUUCAAGUGUUAGAAAUUUCUUUGGAGAAGUUCAAAGUUUGAUUACAUAUAUGAGAGCAAGAAAACGAACAGCCUUAUUCUUAGAGCAACAAACUAAAUGCUAUCCUUCUGAAAGACCAUGUAGAAUAAAGAACUUCUCUACCACUCGUUGGACUUCGCAUGGCCGUGCAUUAUCGGUAAUAAAUAAAAAGUACUUGGCAUUUCUAAAAACCUUGGAAGAGUUAAUUCAACUGCUUCAAAUCUUUACAGAAUAA